AUGCUGGAGUAGCGUCGCGUCAGCCUCAGCGUUCGCGUCUGAUCGUUUGCGGGGACGUAUGCUGCUCCUUUUAAUAUAUCAAAAUAAACAUAGUAAUGGAGGAUAAAAAAGACGUUGAAAAUGGCGACGCCAUCGCGGAGAAAAUGCGGAAACCCAUCAAACUGCCGGUGCUGCCCAAGACGCUUAACAUCGAAGAAAAGAAAUACCUCAUGGCUGUGGAGAGAGGAGAUAUGGCGAAUGUCAGAAGGUUAAUUCAGAAGGCACAUCGUAAGAAGCAUAUUGACAUCGACUGCGUGGAUUCCCUCGGCCGUGGUGCUCUCACUCUAGCCAUAGAUGGUGAAAACUUGGAGAUGGUGGAACUCUUGGUGGUGCUGGGGGUGGAGACCAAGGAUGCCCUGCUGCAGGCUAUCAACGCAGAAUUCGUGGAGGCUGUUGAACUACUUUUGGAGCAUGAAGAACUGAUCCAUAAGCAUCCUUCACCUUAUAGCUGGCAGAAGGUAGACCCAACCACAGCGAUGUUUACCCGCGACCUCACACCUCUGGUACUCGCUGCACAUAAAAAUAACUACGAGAUCAUAAAAUUGCUGUUGGAUAGAGGAGCAACGCUACCAGAUCCUCAUGAUAUACGCUGCGGUUGCGAUGAAUGCAUCAUAGAGUCCACAGAAGACCCGCUUCGCCAUUCGCUCGCUCGGCUGAACGCGUACCGCGCUCUCGCUUCGCCUUCGCUUAUCGCGCUGUCUUCUAACGACCCUGUACUUACUGCUUUUGAGCUGUCUUGGGAAUUGCGGACACUGGCAUUCGCUGAACAGGAGUGCAAAGCGGAAUACUUGGAACUGCGGCGACAAGUCCAAAGGUUCGCAGUGGAUCUUCUGGACCAAUCGAGAAGUUCCCAAGAAUUGGCCAUCAUGCUGAACUAUGAUCCUGAAGAACCGCCCUUCGAAGAAGGCGAGCCUAUGAAACUAGCUAGAUUGGAGCUCGCAGUCAACUUUAAACAGAAGAAAUUCGUAGCGCAUCCAAAAAUCCAGCAACUCCUCGCUUCCAUAUGGUACGAAGGCGUUCCAGGGUUCCGCCGGAAGUCGAACAUACAGAAGAUGAUGAUAAUCAUGCGAGUAGCACUACUCUUUCCGUACUACUGCUGUCUGUACAUGAUCGCCCCCAACUGUGCUACUGGAAAGCUUAUGAGGAAACCAUUUAUGAAGUUUUUAAUACAUGCGUCCAGUUAUUUGUUCUUCUUGUUAUUAUUGAUCCUGGUUUCCCAAAGAGCGGAGGUCCAAGCGGUGCAACUGUUUGGCCCAGAUUGGAUGGUAAAGCAGCUACAAGAAGAGUUGAAGAAGCAGAGAGGGAAUGGACCGACGGUUCUAGAAAUCAUAGUUCUUAUCUACGUAGUUGGUUUCAUUUGGGAAGAAACGCAAGAGAUGUAUACAGAAGGCUUCCGCUCUUAUCUCCGAAACAUGUGGAACUUCAUAGACUUCACACGGAAUUCCCUGUACUUUGCUGUAGCAAUACUUCGUUUCGCCGCAUACUUGCAACAGUCGUCUGAAAUACAGAAGGAUCCGAGGGUGAGGUUCAUACCUCGUGAGCAUUGGGACGACUUCGAUCCACAGUUGAUAGCUGAGGGAUUGUUCGCCGCUGCAAACAUUUUCAGUGCGUUAAAACUGAUACACCUGUUUUCCAUCAAUCCACACUUGGGUCCUCUGCAGAUCUCCUUAGGCAGGAUGGUUAUUGAUAUCGUCAAAUUUUUCUUCAUUUAUAGUCUUGUGUUGUUUGCGUUCGCUUGCGGUCUGAACCAAUUGCUAUGGUAUUUUGCUGAUUUGGAAAAACAAAAAUGCUAUAUUUUACCCGGGGGACUCCCGGAUUGGGAUAAUGCUGGUGAUUCUUGUACAAAAUGGCGGAGUUUUGGAAACGUAUUUGAGGCGUCGCAAUCCCUGUUCUGGGCGUCCUUUGGCAUGGUCGGUCUAGAAAACUUCGAGUUGGCGGGAAUCAAGAGCUACACUAGAUUCUGGGGUCUUCUUAUGUUCGGGUCCUACUCGGUGAUCAAUGUCAUUGUACUUCUCAAUCUCCUCAUCGCAAUGAUGUCUAAUUCAUACGCUCAUAUUGAUGAACAUUCGGACGUGGAGUGGAAGUUUGCUCGCACUCGUCUUUGGAUGAGCUAUUUCGAGGACAGCCCCACUCUCCCCCCACCCUUCAAUAUCUUCCCCACCCCCAAACGCGUCAUGAAACUGUUUAAAUCCCGGGACAGUGACAAGAAAGUGAAAGUUAAGGUUGACAAAGAGAAGGAGCACGACGUUCGCUACACAGCGGUUAUCCGCGCUCUGGUAUGGCGAUACGUGUCAGCGAUGCAUAGAAGACUCGACGACGACCCCGUCACCGAAGACGACAUCAAUGAGUUGAAGGGAGACGUGUCAGCGUUGAGAUACGAACUGCUGGAUGUGCUGGGGCGGAACGGGAUGGACGUGUCAUUCACUGAUAGGAAGGAAAAGACUGUACUGGGAAAGCGAAUGAAGAUUUGGGAGCGAAGGCUGAUGAAGGACUUCCAAGUGGCCCCCGUAUCUGUGAUGGAUGAUGAGGGAAGACCAGCGAAUGAGGACGCCUUGGCGAGGUUCCGGCGCAUCGCCAGGAUGGCUGCGGCAGCCAAUAGUAAUGACAAAUGGAAGCAGACUUUAGCAGCUACGGGAGUGUCAUCUCAAAUCGGCCGGUGUCGCACUCGGGAGUCAUUCAAAAGUCAGCAGAAGCUGCAGCAGGCCAUGGAACACGCUAAAAGACUGGUUAUGAGGUCACCUUUACCAGAAACGUAUAGAAGUACAACACCGAUAGAGAUGCCAGUGUCUCCAGGCCACACCCUCAUGGAGCUGAUCAAGGAUAUGUCCCAGGAUGUUGGAGCUAACGUUGAUUUGAGGACACCGGUCUUGCCUAAUAGGAUAGAUGAAAAUCACUUAACAGCGCCAAGGCAGCUGCUUUCACCAACUCCUACGAUGGAAGCAAAGCACCAAACAAAGCUAACCUUUAAGACUCCGUCCAGAAACCCUUCACCUUGCGGAAUUCGAAGCAGCAGUCCAAUUGCAGGAACGAGUAAUCUUCAAGCUGAACAGAGAUCAGUGGAUCCAAGCCCACUGAAAUCGAAGCGUGUCACGAACCAAACAUCCGCGCCAAAGGUUGUUAAACGAAAACCGCCGACGCCACCUGGAGAUUAUCAAGGUCAGGAUGCUUCAGAUGUUAAGUCAUCUGAAGACAUCGCUGUGGCCAGGCCGGUGGCUGACGUGAAACCCAAAGGGUCGUUGCCCCCACCGCCACCUUACUGUAAAGCUAAGCAGGUUCAAACACCGACAAUGGAGAUCACCCCAUGCACACCAGUAUGUCAAAGGGCCUUCUCUCCCACUCGGGGUAAGACGGCAAAAGAACCCACACCAGAACCUAAGCGGCCAAUACCUCAGCCACAGUCACCAGUAGAAUCUACAGUGUCAGCGAGUACUGAGAACCUAAUACCGUCUCCAGAACCACUCCAGCAGACAAACCUAGACGAAAACAUUCGAAGUAUCAAAAAGACGUCAAAAACUUGGCUGUAAAGGGACUAUAAUUGUUGAGACUAGUAAAUAUAACGGAAUCAUCGUCUUCUUACAAACAGUAAAAUAUCUAAGAAAACAUUUUAUAUAAGAGCAAUUUGACAGCUGUCACAAAUCUCCAAUUAUUCACUUUUAAAUAAUCAAUAACGCAGACAAAAAUGAGAUAGAAUAACUACCACGUAUUAUUGCUUCUCACGUAAGAUCAUUUAUUCCGAGUUAUGUUCGAUUUUUUUUUAUUUUCAAGCGUUAAAUAAAUUUUUAGACUAUACUUUGACUGGAUUCAUAAACAACUAAUAAGGCGCAGGUAAAAACGUGGAACUAAAAUUAACACGGGGCUAGACGAAAUUUCUAGUGUAGGUAUAAUAUUCCUUAGUAUAUUUAAAAAUGCUUUUCAUUUAGUUUAUUAAAAAAUAUGUAAUUAUGAUUAUAUCUUUGUAAUAUUGUACAUUUCAAACUUAAUUCCCUUAUCAAGACCGUCCUAAUCGCAACAAUUAUUUUACGAUGUUUCGUACAUUUAAUAGGAUAUUGUAAUUUUAUUGAUAUUAAUAACAGUUAAUCGCUAUAAUGUUUGAAUUCAUGUAUAUCAACUUAAUGAUGUUUAAAUGUAAUUUUAGUGUGUUUUUUGUUAAUUUUCAAUUGAUAUUUUGAGGUGUUCUUUCUUAUGUCUAUUCUCCUACACAGUUCAAUUACCAUAGCAUAGAAAUGAUAUUUUGUAAUACGUAUGAUUUAAGUUUAUUUAAAAUCUAGGUUUAAAAUCUAAGUCAUAAGAUCUAGGUUUAUUCCUACAAAAGUUAUUGAACAAACUUUAUAACAAUUUCAUUGUACCCGUCUGUUAACAGUUAAUAUCAAAAACCACGCCUUAAUGAAACUUUAUCUUAAUCCUUACGAGUAAAUAUUGCUUACAGCUAUUCUGAAGUUUUCUUUAUAAUCUUAACGGACAGCAAAUGCGGUACAUUUUAUCAUUAAAACUAUAAUCUUGUUGGGUUGCGUGUAAGGGCGGGUAUUCACGAACGGUUUACCUUUUUUUCCAGCCAUUUUCGUAUUUUGUUGUAUAGUUAUUUAAUAUAGUAGCAUAAUAUGUAAAAUACAAUUUUCAGGCCUAAAUUCAAUCAAUUUUUAAAGAAAAAUAACUAGAAGGUACUUUAAAGUUACUUCAAAAGCACUAUUUAAAUCGAAAAGCUAUUUUUAACAAAUUCGAUGUAUUAGACUAUUUUUUAAUGAAAAGAAAUAUUUGAAAAAUAAUUGUGACACUGAAGUACUAAUAAAAUUACUCGUAUGUUAACGCCUUACGGAUUUAUUUGAACUAAUGAAAGGAAAUUCUCCUGUUUAUUUUAUUAUUAUUUAUUGCAUUUAACAUUUAGUUGUAGAAUUGCUCAUUUUGUUUAAAUGGAGAUAUUAUAGUAUUUUAAAGAAUCCGAUUC